AUGACUAACGAUGAUUUAGCUGUCGUUGGUAUAGCAUGUCGUUUUCCUGGUGGAAGUAAUUCAACGGAUGAAUUUUGGUUAAAUUUAAUUAAUAAACGUGACUGUGUGGGUCCUAUUCCGAGCGAUCGUUGGAAUGCAGAUUAUUUUACAGACAAUCAAUCAAAUGAAAUACAUUCUCCUGGUAAGAUUACUUCGUCACGAUGUGGUUGGAUCGAUUUCGUUGGAGAAUUUGAUUAUGAAUCAUUCUCGAUUGGUAAACGUGAAGCUGAAAACAUGGAUCCACAACAGAAACUUCUAUUAGAAGUUACUUUACAAGCUCUUGAAGAUAGUGGAAUACAGUAUAUGGGGUCCGAUAUAGGAGUCUAUUUAGGUAUUGGACAAGCUGAACAGUAUGAAUUAACUACGGCUGAUCUGGAAAGUAUCAACGCUUAUAGUGUUACUGGUUCGGCAUUGUCGAUCUGUUCCAAUCGUUUAAGUUACUGUUUCGAUCUUCGAGGACCGUCGAUGUCCAUUGAUACUGCCUGCUCAUCGAGUGCAACUGCAUUUCAUUUAGGUUGUCAAGCUGUUCGUAAUGGCACGUGUUCAGCGGCAGUCAUUGCUGGUGUUAAUAUUCUCAUGAAUCCAUCGACAUUUAUUCAGUUUUCUCAAUUAGGCGUUCUGUCUCCCGAUGGAAUGUGUCAAUCGUUUAGUAAAAAUGCCAAUGGAUAUGUUCGAUCCGAAGGUUGUGGUGUUGUCAUCGUUAAACCAUUCAAACAAGCUUUGCUGGAUAAAAACCAUAUUUAUUGUUUAAUUCGAGGCUCAGCAAUCAAUCAAGAUGGACAUCAAUCACCAUCGUUAACUAUGCCAAGUUCACAAGCACAGAUGGAAGUUUUUCGAAAAGCCUGUCAAAACGCGGGAAUUAAUCCUAAAGAUAUCUUCUAUGCUGAAGCUCAUGCAACAGGCACGAAAGUCGGCGAUCCAAUUGAAGCAAAUGCAAUCGGAAAAGUCUUCGGACGAGAAGAAUCAUACUUACGUAUUGGCUCAGUGAAAUCCAAUGUUGGACAUUUAGAAACGGCAAGUUUCAUGGCUGGCCUAUUGAAAUGUAUUCUAAUGCUUGAACAUCGUCAACUGGUGCCGAACAUACAUUUUGAAAAAGGUCAAGGAAAUCCAGAUAUUCACUUCGACGAAUAUAAACUUUCUGUUCAAACUGAAAUUGAACCGAUUGAAAACGAGAAUGCUUUAAUGAUGAUUUCAAGCUUUGGUUUCGGCGGUGCAAACGGCUGCACUAUUAUUCAAGGAUAUCAAUCAUCUUCUCAACAAACAGAUCGUUCUCCGUCCAUAUCGUUACCACAAUUAUUUCUUGUCUCUGCUGCAACAUCAAAUGCAUUAGAGGCUCGAAUACAACAAUUGAAAUCCACAUCAGAAGGUCUCUAUUCACCUGCUUCGAUAUCGCAUACAUUGUACAAUCGUCCAUUACAUCGUCUGGUUACAUUUGCCAUUGAUGAACAAUUGAACGAGAAAACAACAUUUGUGCCUACUCGGAAAGCUGUCGAUCAACCACUAACUUGUAUUUGGGUAUUUGCUGGUCAAGGUCCACAACAUCCAAAGAUGGGCAAACUUCUUUACGCGCACGUCGAAAGCUUUCGUUCCUCGAUCGACGCAUCAGAUUCAAUCUAUCGUGAAUGUUCCGGUCAAAGUCUUAUCGAUGAUAUCGGUGUCUUCGGUUCAAAAGAUGGAGCUAAUCCAAUGGCUGUUUAUGAAAUUGCGUACACCUUACCUGCGCUAGUAUUUCUUCAAAUCGCUCUUGUGGACAUGUACCGUGAUUUAGGCGUGCCUUGUGCCGCCGUAUUUGGUCACUCGUUUGGCGAAAUGGCAGCUGGUUAUGCUGCGAAUAUCUGUACGCGAAAGCAAUGUAUUGAAACUGCUUAUCAUCGUGCUCGCAUUCUACGACAUGUCGAUGGACGUGGGGCAAUGCUGGCAGUCAGUUGUUCGAAAGAUUACAUUCAACCUUUAUUAGACAAAUAUGAACAAGUUUGGAUUGCUGCUUAUAAUGGUGCAAAUUCGUUGACUCUGGGUGGAAUUCAAGAAUCUAUAAAAAGCAUUUCGAAAGAAUUAUCCAACGCUGAUAUAUUCAAUCGAAUUUUAAAGAUCAACAGUGCCUAUCAUACACCACUGAUGGCGCCUGUUCGAUCCGAAGCUCUUGCUGUAUUCAAACAAACAUUAGCUGGAUGUUCCACACCUACCAUUCCGUACUUUAGUACAGUAACAGGACAAUGGAAAGAUUGUGAUUUCGACGAAAAUUAUACUUUUCAAGGAAUUGAAGGACCAGUUUUAUUCGAUCAGGCUGUUCAAGGAUGUUUAGAACGAUUUGGUGCUGAGAAGAGUCUCUUCUUGGAAAUGUCUGCACAUCCUGUGCUGAGCUCAUAUUUAACCGAAAAUGGUUCUAAGUAUAAUUUAUGUACACUAAAUCGUCAGCAAUCAGAUAUAGACACAACGUUGAAAACAUUAGCGAAUCUACGCAUCUACGGAUGUUCACCAUCGCAAGCUGAUCUAUCGAAAAUUUAUUCGUUCAUCGCACCUGCAACUCGUAUUCCAUCGUAUUCAAACUAUCCAUUUCAACGGCAGUACUGCGUCAAAGAAGAUCCCGGACAUCGCCUUCAACGAACAGUUCCUACCUGGUAUACUCUAGCUGGUCGACCACUUGCUCAUCCAUAUGCAAGUUUUCAAACAAAGCUGUGUUUGAAUUCUCAUAUUUGGAUCGAGGAUCAUCGUGUUCAAGGUCCAGUGGUUUUCCCCGCUGCCGGUUACAUUGAAAUCUGUAUGGAAGUGUUCAAUUCGAUGAACUUAAAAAACAUUCAUAUUGACAAAGCAUUAGUUUUACCAUCGGAUCGAAACAGUUAUCGUACCAUUCGAACCGUUUUGGACGACAGUAACGCAUCGAAUAUUUUCAUAUAUUCCAAGUCAAAUGAAUAUGAUUCAACCAAUUGGACUAAACAUAUGACCGCUUCGAAGGAUGAUCCCGUAACUGUCUCACCAGAACUACCAGCUUGGACAAAAGAUUUUCAGUCACGUUGUUGUUUUACAAAAAUUGAAGGAAAAGACGUUUAUGGACGAUUUUCAAGCAUUGGUCUCGAUUAUGGGCCACAUUUUCAAUGUAUUCGAGCACUUUCUCAAGGCGACUACGAAGCUUAUGCGCAUUUGAAUAUUUCGCAUUUAUCAAAUUCGAGCCAAUCGAAAUUUCACGUUCAUCCAGCUAUCCUGGAUUCAGUGUUUCAAGUUCUUCUUGGUACACAACGGUAUUUUUAUCGCGCUUAUGUGCCAACAUUCAUUCAGCAAAUCCAGUGGUACGUUCCAACUGAUCAAUUACCUAACGACUUUUAUGUUUAUGCUCGAACAACAAAUUUUGACUUUAAACAAAUACUUACUGGUGACAUGUAUAUUGUCGAUGAAGAACAAAAACGACUAUUAGGAAUGGUUCUUGGUUUCCAAGCGACAGCCUUAGGCCAAUCGAAUCAAACUCAACCUCUCUAUACUCUCCAUUAUCAAAAUGUUCAAACACCUCUUCUAGCAGCAAAAUCGGAACCAGAUAUGAGCACGAUUCCAAGAUUUUCCAAACGCGUUCUGUCUCCCGAUGGAAUGUGUCAAUCGUUUAGUAAAAAUGCCAAUGGAUAUGUUCGAUCCGAAGGUUGUGGUGUUGUCAUCGUUAAACCAUUCAAACAAGCUUUGCUGGAUAAAAACCAUAUUUAUUGUUUAAUUCGAGGCUCAGCAAUCAAUCAAGAUGGACAUCAAUCACCAUCGUUAACUAUGCCAAGUUCACAAGCGCAAAUGGAAGUUUUUCGAAAAGCCUGUCAGAACGCGGGAAUUAAUCCUAAAGAUAUCUUCUAUGCUGAAGCUCAUGCAACAGGCACGAAAGUCGGCGAUCCAAUUGAAGCGAAUGCAAUUGGAAAAGUCUUCGGACGAGAAGAAUCAUACUUACGUAUUGGUUCAGUGAAAUCCAAUGUUGGACAUUUAGAAACGGCAAGUUUCAUGGCUGGCCUAUUGAAAUGUAUUCUAAUGCUUGAACAUCGUCAAUUGGUGCCGAACAUACAUUUUGAAAAAGAUCAAGGAAAUCCAGAUAUUCACUUCGACGAAUAUAAACUUUCUGUUCAAACUGAAAUUGAACCGAUUGAAAACGAGAAUGUUUUAAUGAUGAUUUCGAGCUUUGGUUUCGGCGGUGCAAACGGUUGCACUAUUAUUCAAGGAUAUCAACCAUCUCCUCAACAAACAGAUCGUUCUACGUCCAUAUCGUUACCACAAUUAUUUCUUGUUUCUGCUGCAACAUCAAAUGCAUUAGAGGCUCGAAUACAACAAUUGAAAUCCACAUCAGAAGGUCUAUAUUCACCUGCUUCGGUAUCGCAUACAUUGUAUCAUCGUCCAAUGCAUCGUCUGGUUACAUUCGCCAUUGAUGAACAACUGAACGAGAAAACAACAUUUGUGCCUACUCGGAAAGCUGUCGAUCAACCAUUAACUUGUAUUUGGGUAUUUGCCGGUCAAGGUCCACAACAUCCAAAGAUGGGCAAACUUCUUUACGCGCACGUUGAAAGCUUUCGUUCCUCGAUCGACGCAUCAGAUUCAAUCUACCGUGAAUGUUCCGGUCAAAGUCUUAUCAAUGACAUCGGUGUAUUCGGUCCAAAAGAUGGAGCUAAUCCAAUGGCUGUUUAUGAAAUUGCGUACACGUUACCUGCACUAGUAUUUCUUCAAAUCGCUCUUGUGGAUAUGUACCGUGAUUUAGGUGUGCCUUGCGCCGCCGUAUUCGGUCAUUCAUUUGGAGAGAUGGCAGCUGGUUAUGCUGCGAAUAUCUGUACGCGAAAACAAUGUAUUGAAACUGCUUAUCACCGUGCUCGCAUUCUUCGACAUGUCGAUGGACGUGGAGCAAUGCUGGCAGUCAGUUGUUCAAAAGAUUACAUUCAACCUUUAUUAGAAAAAUAUGAUCAAACUUGGAUUGCUGCUUAUAAUGGUGCAAAUUCAUUGACUUUGGGUGGAAUUCAAGAAUCUAUAAAAAGCAUUUCGAAAGAAUUAUCCAACGCUGAUAUAUUCAAUCGAAUUUUAAAGAUCAACAGUGCCUAUCAUACACCACUGAUGGCGCCUGUUCGUUCCGAAGCGCUUGCUGUAUUCAAACAAACAUUAGCUGGAUGUUCCACACCUACCAUUCCGUACUUUAGUACAGUAACAGGACAAUGGAAAGAUUGUGAUUUCGACGAAAAUUAUACUUUUCAAGGAAUUGAAGGACCCGUUUUAUUCGAUCAGGCUGUUCAAGGAUGUUUAGAACGAUUUGGUGUUGAGAAGAGUCUCUUCUUGGAAAUGUCUGCACAUCCUGUGUUGAGCUCAUAUUUAACCGAAAAUGGUUCUAAGUAUAAUUUAUGUACACUGAAUCGCCAACAAUCAGAUAUAGACACAACGUUGAAAACAUUAGCGAAUCUACGCAUCUACGGAUGUUCACCAUCGCAAGCUGAUCUGUCGAAACUUUACUCGUUCAUCGCACCUGCAACUCGCAUUCCAUCGUAUUCAAUCUAUCCAUUUCAACGACAAUACUGUGUCAAAGAAGACCCCGGACAUCGCCUUCAACGAACAGUUCCUAUCUGGUAUACUUUAGCGGGUCGACCUCUUGCUCAUCCAUAUGCAAGUUUUCAAACAAAGCUUUGUUUGAAUUCUCAUAUUUGGAUCGAGGACCAUCGUGUUCAAGGUCCGGUGGUUUUUCCCGCUGCUGGUUACAUCGAAAUCUGUAUGGAAGUAUUCAAUUCGAUGAACUUAAAAGACAUUCAUAUUGACAAAGCAUUAGUUUUACCGUCGGAUCGAAACAGUUAUCGAACCAUUCGAACCAUUCUGGACGAAAGUAACCCAUCGAAUAUUUUCAUCUAUUCCAAGUCGAAUGAAUAUGAUUCAACUAAUUGGACUAAACAUAUGACCGCUUCGAAGGAUGAUCCAAUAACUGGCUCACCAGAACUACCAGCUUGGACAAAAGAUUUACAAUCACGUUGUCGUUUUACGAAAAUUGAAGGAAAAGACAUUUACGGACGAUUUUCAAGCAUUGGUCUUGAUUAUGGGCCAUAUUUUCAAUGUAUUCGAGCACUUUCUCAAGGCGAUUACGAGGCAUAUGCGCAUUUGAAUAUUUCACAUUUGUCAAACUCGAACCAAUCGCAAUUUCACAUUCAUCCAGCUAUUCUAGAUUCAGUGUUUCAAGUUCUUCUUGGUACACAACGGUAUUUUUAUCGCGCCUAUGUACCAACAUUCAUUCAGCAAAUUCAGUGGUACGUUCCAACUGAUCAAUUGCCUAACGAUUUUUAUGUUUAUGCUCGAACAACAAACUUUGACUUUAAACAAAUACUUACUGGUGAUAUGUAUAUCGUCGAUGAAGAACAAAAACGACUACUAGGAAUGGUUCUUGGCUUCCAAGCGACUGCCUUAGGCCAAUCGAAUCAAACUCAACCUCUCUAUACUCUCCAUUAUCAAAAUGUUCAAACACCUCUUCUAACAGCAAAAUCGGAACCAGAUAUGAGCACGAUUCCCAGAUUUUCCAAACAUGAAGAAACUCUAUUCGAUGAUGCCUGUUCGGCAUACAUCGCAAAAUUUCUCUCGACCAAUCCAUUUGACGAAGAAAUAGUUGCCAAAUGGCCAGUUCAUCGUCAACGUUAUUGGCAAUGGCUACAUUCGACAGUUCGAUCAAAGAUCAUUUCUCCUCAAUCGAUUGAUUUAAUCGACGAUGAACAAUAUCAACAACUUAAAUAUGAAGCACAGGCGAUUCAUCGUGUCGGAAGAAAUCUACAUUCUCUUCUCAAUGAUAAUUUUGCUGUACAAAAUCUGUUCUUUGCCGAAAAUGAUCCAUUCAUGUCAGAUCUUUAUUCAAAAUCGAAAACAUUUCAACCUUACACAGAUAUCCUUGCUCAAAAACUGGUCGAUCAAUUGAAAACUAUCGAAGCAGAAUAUCAAGGAGAAGCAUCACGUGUUUUCUCAAUUUUGGAACUAGGUGCUGGUACUGGUGCUUUAACAUCAGUCAUUCUCGAGAAAUUAUUUCAACAAACGUCAAUCAUUCAAGAAAAUCGCUUGAUCUAUGUUUUUACUGAUGUCAGCGGCAAAUUUCUAUCAGAUGCGAAAAAGCGUUUUUCGGCCAUUUAUCCAUGUAUUCAAUAUCAAUUAUGUAAUCUUGACGUCGAUUUAACAACGCAGAAGCUGGAUCUCUAUUCAUUCGAUAUUGUUUGCGCAUUCGAUGUGCUUCAUGUAGCACAAGAUUUAACCUUAUGUUUAAAUCGUGUUCAACAAUUAUUGAAACCAAAUGGCUAUCUUCUCUGUAUUGAAUUAACUCGACCAUGGACGUGGAUCGAAUUCUUCUUUGGUUUAUUCGCUGGUUGGUGGCAUUUUAUCGAUACAAAGUUAAGAUCGACAUGUUUUCUUACGGUGGAUAAAUGGAAUCAGAUACUAACGGAAACAGGUUUUCAACACGUUCAGAUUGACAACGAAGGACAACCAGAAUUUGCCCAUUCUCUCUUGACGGCAAGAGGCGUUGACUGGACGAUCGAGAAGCCAUCUAAUUUAGACAUGACCGUAUUUGAUACGACUGACGUGACUACGGAUAAUCUUAAGUCCUACAUGGACAAAUUACUACAAUUAGCUCAAUCAUCGAUAUCCGUCAGUGAUCCAACCACCGUCUUCGUUCUUACACAAACUAUGACUCCACCAAUCGGCGCGACGUUCACUGGUUUUACUCGAGUGUGGGCGAACGAAGCAACGCAACAUCGAAUUUGUUCGAUCGAAUUCGAUCAAUCGUCAUUGAAAGAGAAACAACUCUGGUUGGGCCGUAUUCAAAAUUUAGUGCAAAAAACCUCGGAAAGAGAAUUUCUUAUAUGUGAAAAUACCAUUACUGUCCCACGCCAUAUUCCACGGACAUUGACUAAUGUCUUCAGCGCAACUAGUUCUCUCAAAAGCAGAUCAAAUUCAUCUUCGUCUCUCCCAGCAUACCGCCUAGAAAUAGAUACUGUCGGUCAAUUACAAACAUUGAAAUAUCGAUCAUUCGAUUUACCUGCAUCGUUAUUACCAACUGAUGUUCAAGUAGAAGUUCACGCAUCAGCGUUAAAUUUCAAAGAUUUGAUGUUAGCAUUGGGAAUGUUGGAUAACCCAAUGGGUUUCGAUCAACAAACGUUAAAAUAUCGUGAAAAUUCCGUUAAUCUCGGUCUAGAAUUUAGUGGUAUCGUCAAGAGUGUUGGCACGGCAGCAUCGAAAAGAUUCAAUAUUGGUGAUCAAGUAUUUGGCUUUGCUAAUCAUUGUUUUGCAUCUCAAGUAAUCACACAUGAACAUUUUCUUGUGAAAAAACCAUUACAUUUAUCGCACACGGAUGCCGUGUCGUUACCCAUUGUUUUCGCAACUGUAUAUGCUGGAUUGAUUGUUAAAGCGCAAUUGAAACCAGGUGAUACUGUACUUAUUCAUUCGGCAGCUGGUGGAAUCGGUCAAGCAGCUAUUCAGUUAUGCCAACACGUUGGCGCUCGUAUUAUCUGUACAGUCGGUUCGCGAGAAAAACGUGAGUUCUUGGAGAAAACUUACGGAUGUACGCAAUUCGCUAAUUCACAUUCAACUAAAGAAUGGCACGCAGAUGUUCUCAAAUUAACUGACGGUCAAGGAGUUGACGUAGUUUUGAAUUCUUUGAAAGGCGAUGCAAUUCAAGCUGGUCUUCAAUGUUUAAAAAUUGGUGGUCGAUUUAUUGAAAUUGGCAAGGUCGAUAUAUUGAAUCAUUCGCAAUUAGAUAUGCAUUUCUUGCUGAACGAUUUGAGUUUUCUCAGCGUCCAACUCGAUAUUUUAAUGCAAAGUCAAACAGAUAAAAUUCAAGAAUAUUUACAGGCUAUUCAGCAAUUAGCAUCGGAAAAAUCGAUUCGACCAAUUAUCGAUCGAAUCUACGAUUUACAAGACACAGAAAUCGCCUUUCGUUUUCUCAUGUCCGGUCAACAUAAAGGAAAACUGAUUUUAAAUAUGNAUUUCUUGCUGAACGAUUUGAGUUUUCUCAGCGUCCAACUCGAUAUUUUAAUGCAAAGUCAAACAGAUAAAAUUCAAGAAUAUUUACAGGCUAUUCAGCAAUUAGCAUCGGAAAAAUCGAUUCGACCAAUUAUCGAUCGAAUCUACGAUUUACAAGACACAGAAAUCGCCUUUCGUUUUCUCAUGUCCGGUCAACAUAAAGGAAAACUUAUUUUAAAUAUGCAAAGUGAAUUACCAAGUAUUUAUCCUCCGUCGACUAUAUACGGCUCAACAACAUGUUUCAUUUUAAGUGGAGGAACAGGAGCGUUAGGUUUGCAAUUAGUUCAACAUAUGAGUGCGCACGGAGCAAGACAAUUUAUCUUGCUGUCACGACAAGGUUUAGCUAGUUUACGAUCAUCAGAUCGAACUAUGCUGACGGAUCUUCAACGUUUCGGUAUCAAAGUUUACGUUGGGAAAGGUGAUGUUGCUAAACUAGAAGAUAUUCGUCGUAUUUUGCGGGAAGCACAAGAGAUAUUCAAUCUUCCGUCAUGUCAAUAUAGUGUUCUUCAUUUGGCUAUGGUUCUUGAUGAUGCGCCUAUUUCGAAAUUGAAUUCUCAACGUAUAGAAAACGUCAUGCGAUGCAAAGUCGAAGGUGCCAUGUGUCUACUUCAAGCAAUUCCUGACGAUCAAUUAGAACAUGUGAUAUUCUUUUCCAGUGCAGCUUCAACGUUUGGUAAUCCAUCUCAAGCCAAUUACAGUGCAGCAAAUACAUUUCUCGAUAGUUACGCUCGUCAACUUUCGACGCGAACAAAGAAGAAAGUGAAAGUAGUGAACUUAGGACUUGUAGAGGACGUUGGUAUUCUUGCUGAAGAUUGGAAAUUGAAACAAAUUCUAACUGCCAAAGGUUUUGCUGGCGGUUUAACGUCGUUAGGUGUUUGUCAACUAGUCGAUCACGCAUUUAUAACCGAAAAUAAUGAUCAAUGUCAAAUGUUAUACGGCAAUUUUCAGAUGGAAGAUUUAAUUCAUUCGUAUCCGAUAUUAAAAACUCGACUCGAGCACUUGAUCGACCAUACAGUAUCAGCCAGCAGUGGAAGUUCCGGAACGUCUGCAAAUAAAAAUGAAAUUACUUUAGAAUCAAUGGCUGCAUAUAUUUCGACACUGUUAGCAACAUCAAAUCUAGAUAUUCAAGAAUCGUUGACUGUCCAAGGUUUAGAUUCACUUCUUGCUGUUGAAUUAAGUGCAGGUUUGAAGAAACAGUUUGGAUUAGCGAUUAGUCAAUUAGCUUUGCUUGGUGGAUUAUCUGUAAAGCAAAUUGUCGAAUCGGCUUCGUCUUAG